AUGAUGCAGCCCAACAAAAUUGAUCCGGAAUCAGUGAAACCACCUAAGAGAAAGAACGUGAAGAUAUCAAAGGAUCCACAGACCGUUGCAGCCAGACAUCGGAGGGAAAAAAUAAGUCAAAAGUUAAGGAUUCUUCAAAGACUUGUUCCUGGAGGAACCAAAAUGGACACAGCUUCUAUGUUAGAUGAGGCUGUCCAUUAUGUUAAGUUUCUUAAGAAACAACUAAAAUCGUUAGGGCAAGCAGUUGCUUGCUCUAACGAUAAUAAUAAUAAUAGGUCAAUGCUUGUCGGAGAUGAUGAGAACGAAGGUAGUUUGGUCGGAGAAGGUGAGGAGGACGAGAAGAAGGCAUCAUAA